AUGAGAGAGCAGCGUGAGCUUGACAAAGGCCGGUCAAAGCAAGGCAAGCUUCAGGCUGUCUGUGUGUGCAACUGGGUUCUCGAGGUUUUUGGCUGGACGGUCGAGAUGUUGCUAGUUGAGACGACGACGAGAGACAGUCAUGCUAUGAUGAGAAUGGCAAGCAGAGCAGACACUUGUUCUUUGUCUGUAUGUCUUGCUAUCUCGAGCGUGGUCUCUCAGUGGGGUUUGGUUGGUGGUCGAGUUGGUGGUAGUAGCAGGAGUCGAGCGGCGAAGUCGGAGGCGAAGGCGAGUAAGGUCGAGGUCGAGAUGAGAAAGGACGGCGAGAAGGAAGAAGAGUCGGCGGCGGAUGGUGGUGGUGAAGGCGGACGAGGAAGAAGAAGAAGAAGAAGAGAUGAAGUCGAAGAGCAAAGCAGGAGACGACGAGAAGAAGAAGAAGAAGAAGAAAGAAGAGGAAGAAAGAGGAAGAUCGGAGAAAGGAGGGAAGGGUGA